AUGGGUCCAUGCUCGAGCCUCACCACCGUCGAGGUGGCUAUUCUGCUAGUCACGAUGUUCAGUUCUGCCUACUCAAGCAACUUCUUCGACGAGUUUGACCUCACGUGGGGUGACCAUAGGGGAAAAAUAUUUAACAAAGGAAACAUGUUGUCUUUGUCUCUAGACCGAGUUUCCGGGUCGGGUUUCAAGUCCAAGAAAGAGUAUUUGUUCGGACGGAUCGAUAUGCAGCUAAAACUCGUCGCUGGAAACUCCGCCGGAACCGUCACUGCUUACUACUUGUCGUCACAAGGAGCAACACAUGAUGAAAUAGAUUUUGAGUUUCUUGGUAACGAAACAGGAAAGCCUUAUGUUCUUCACACCAAUGUCUUUGCUCAAGGGAAAGGAAACAGAGAACAACAGUUUUAUCUCUGGUUCGAUCCAACCAAAAACUUCCACACUUACUCCAUUGUUUGGAGACCCCAACACAUCAUAUUCUUGGUGGACAAUUUACCCAUUAGAGUGUUCAACAAUGUAGAGAAGCUUGGUGUUCCUUUCCCAAAGAACCAACCCAUGAGGAUCUACUCUAGUCUCUGGAAUGCAGAUGAUUGGGCCACGAGAGGUGGUCUGGUCAAGACUGACUGGUCCAAGGCUCCUUUCACAGCUUACUACAGAGGAUUCAACGCCGUGGCUUGCACUGUUUCUUCAGGCUGUGACCCCAAAUUCAAGAGUUCUUUGACUUCUUUCAGUGAUGGUAAAUUGCAAGUGGCAAAUGAGCUCAAUGCUUAUGGUAGGAGGAGACUUAGAUGGGUGCAGAAAUACUUUAUGAUCUAUAAUUAUUGUUCUGAUCUCAAAAGGUUCCCUAAAGGAUUCCCUCCUGAGUGCAAGAGGUCCAGAGUCUGA